AUGAAGGGUUUCAGACAGAGAGUGCACGACCAGUUGUCGCGGGCGAAAGACAACAAGUCUUCGAAAAAGAAAGACUCAAAUCCCACUUCCCAGUCGUCUCUCGGCAUCUCCAAUACACAGCAGUCUGCCUCCCCCAACCAAGGCACACCCACAUCAUCCACAACCUCACUGAAUGAUUUGCGAAACAAAUCUCCGGAUAAUGCCUCACCGGCCGGAACUCCUUCUGCGGGCGCACCCCACCCCGGUACCCCGGUCCAGCAUUAUAUCCCCCAAGCCGGUGCCGCAGGCCAGCCCGUGAGCAAUGGACCAGGAACACCGACUAGACAAGGCCAGCCCGUGGCUCCCAGUGUGAUCAUCAGUCCAAGCUCCACUCACCCCCCUCCCCCUGGUGCCGCUGAAACGAUGCCCGGCGAUCUUGCACCCCCAAGGAAGUCUCAUGUCUUCGAUCGCCUGCAGACCACCCCCAAGGAUUUGUCGGAAGGCAUUCGGACUCCCAAGCGCCAGCACUCGUCACGAUUUGACAUCUCCGAUCAGCGCCAGAGAGAAUUGGAGAAGUUGCCGGGCUUCCACGAAGUGCCACCCAACCGGCGUCAAGAUUUGUUCAUGCAAAAGAUCGAUCAGUGCAAUAUCAUCUUCGAUUUCAACGACCCCACAGCCGAUAUGAAGUCCAAGGAGAUCAAGCGAUUGGCGCUGCACGAACUCUUAGACUAUGUCGCCAACAAUCGGUCCGUGAUCACAGAGCCAAUGUACCCUCGUGUGGUAGAGAUGUUCGCCAAAAAUCUUUUCCGUCCCAUUCCCCCGCCUAUGACCCCCCAGGGCGAAGCAUUCGACCCGGAGGAAGAUGAGCCUGUUUUGGAAGUUGCUUGGCCUCACAUCCAGGUUGUAUAUGAGUUCUUCUUGCGUUUCAUCGAGAGCCAGGAUUUCAACACGAACAUUGCAAAGGGUUAUAUUGAUCAUCAGUUUGUGCUUUCGUUGUUGGAUCUGUUUGACUCCGAAGAUCCCCGGGAACGUGAUUUCCUCAAGACAACUCUCCAUCGCAUCUAUGGAAAAUUCUUGAACUUGCGAUCAUAUAUCCGCCGAUCUAUUAACAACGUUUUCUUCCAAUUCAUGUAUGAGACAGAACGCCACAACGGAAUUGCUGAAUUACUCGAAAUUCUGGGUUCUAUCAUCAACGGUUUCGCUUUGCCUCUCAAGGAAGAGCACAAGCUGUUCUUGACUCGGGUCCUCCUCCCUAUGCACAAGGUGAAGAGUCUCAGCAUGUACCACCCGCAAUUGGCAUACUGUAUCGUGCAAUUCUUGGAGAAGGACUCCACAUUGACCGAAGACGUUGUCCUCGGAUUGCUGCGCUUCUGGCCUAAGACUAAUAGCACCAAAGAAGUCAUGUAUCUCAACGAGGUCGAAGAUAUCUUCGAAGUGAUGGACCCUGGCGAGUUCGCUAAGGUCCAGGAGCCUUUGUUCAAUCAGUUGGCCAAGUCUGUCGCCAGUCCUCAUUUCCAGGUCGCUGAGCGUGCGUUGUACUUCUGGAACAACGAAUAUUUCUGCAACCUUGUAAGCGACAAUGUGGAGACUAUUCUUCCCAUUAUGUUUGCGCCACUAUAUGAGAACUCAAAGGGACACUGGAAUCGAACAAUUCACAGCAUGGUAUACAACGCCAUGAAGAUGUUCAUGGAAAUUAACCCCCAACUGUUCGAUGAAUGCUCCCACGAAUUCAAUGAGCACCAGAACACUGCAGAACGGCGUGAAAAGGCUCGCACAGACCGCUGGGAUACGAUCGAGCAACAAGCCAGAGAUCGAAAGAACGGCAUUCCCCCACCCCCUCCCCCCGCUCUUGAUGUGCCUGAACCGAUCGACGAGGUAGAGGCCAUGACCCACGAGAGCCAAAAGCGAUUGAACACGCUGAAAUUGCAAGAGGAGCCCGAUGCCUCCAAGGAACGACCCAGCAGGGAAGGCACUCCUAAUUCGCCAGCGUGA